AUGACUCUGGUGCUGAAGGACAGCUCCUUCAUAUUGCCCAAUGGCUCCACUGGAGCUCGAGAAUCAGACGAAGGGGAGACCGCCAUUGGGAUUUAUCUGCUGCUCCUAGGGUGGAUGUCAUGGUUGGGAAAUGGAGUGGUCAUUUGUAUAAUGUGCAAACGCCGUCAGUCCCUAGACCCCCACGACAUGCUGACCCUAAACCUUGCUGUGUCUGAUGCUGGAAUCUCCAUUUUUGGCUACUCUCGCGGGAUUGUGGAGCUCUUCCAUGGACUGGGCAAAGAUGGCUUCCUGGUCACUUCCUUGUGGACGUGCAAAGUUGAUGGUUUUCUGAUCCUACUGUUUGGCUUAAUCAGUAUUAGUACCCUGACCGCAAUCAGUAUCUUCCGUUACGUCAAAGGAUGUCAACCUCAUAGAGCUCACAAGGUACACAAACAGAGUGUUUCUAUGGCUCUCGUUUUCAUCUGGAUCUCCUCUGCUAUCUGGUCUGGAUUCCCUUUGUUGGGAUGGGGAAGUUUUACAGAGCGCAAGUACGGCACUUGUGAGAUAGACUGGUCUCAAGCCACAAGAUCCGUCUCUUACAAAUGUUAUGUCAUAGGUGUCUUUCUUUGGGGCUUUUUUAUCCCUGUGUCCAUCAUGGUUUUCUGCUAUGUGUCCAUCAUCAGGACUGUUCAUGCAAGCCACCAAAGCUCACAACAUGGGGGUAUCAGCCAACGCCAGCUUACCAUGGAGAGAGACAUCACAAGGGUUUCAUUUGUCAUUUGCACUGCUUUUCUUCUUGCGUGGUCACCAUAUGCUGUUAUUUCUAUGUGGUCAGCCUGCGGCUACCAUGUGCCUGGCCUCACCAGUGUGGUUGCCACAUUGUUAGCCAAGUCAGCCAGUUUUUAUAACCCCAUUAUCUACAUUGGGCUGAGUUCCAAGUUUAGACAAGACAUUCAGGCUUUCCUUUGCUGCUUCACGAGCUGCUCCUCAGAGUCAAAGCAAAGUCCAAAAAGCAGAGGGACAGAAGAAAAUAAGUUUUUGAGUAAUGGCUCCCUGGCAAUGAAGAUGGACUUGCCAAGAAUGAAGGAGGUUACAACGGGUGAAGUGGCAAUGGAUGACAACACAGACAUCACUGACCGUUCACACCAAAAUAUAAACAUUAAGUUGGACGUAGGUAUGGAUUUUGAGAAGUGAUGCAAUCGUACGCUGGUUGAUAAGAAAGGCUUACCAGUGGAGGAACUAGUGAGCUAAGGGCCCUGGUGCAAGAUAGCUUGUAGGGCCCCCCCCCAAAACAUUUUUGGCAAUAAACACA